UCGCCGGAGCCCACGUGCGCUACAGGGCCUCACCAGCUCGGCUCGUUGAGCUUCAGACGUGUGCCUCGUUCAGCUCGGCGCGCCAGACAGCCCGAGUCCGAGACGAUGGACGACUCCGCCGACGCCGCCGCCGACGCGACGAGACUCGCGGAAGGGAGCGCCGAGGCCGGAGACGCGGACCCUGCCGCGGCAGCACCCUCGCCUCCGCACGCCACGGGCUCCGCAGGGCCGCCGAGUGUCGCCACGAAGCGCAAGCACGGCCAAAGCGCCUGUGCGGCGACCGGGCAGCGGCAGUGUGGCGAUAAUGAUGAUGGCGGUGAUGAUGAUGGAGGAGGAGUAGGAGGAGAGGGCAAGCGGCCACCGCGUCGCCACAAGCGCAGCCGACAUCAGCGCGUCUCCGGCGAGCGCCACGUGCCGCCCCCCACGAAGCGCAACGCCGGCGUGAGCUUCGGCGCGGAGCACUUCGCCGAGGCCGAGUGCUACGUCGAGGCCGGGCUGCGCCGGGUGCGGCCCUACCGCUUCGACUUCAAGUCGUACUGCAAGGGCCGCUGGCUGGGCCGCACCCUCGGGGAGGUGCUCGCGUCCGAGUUCCGUGCGCAGGGUCCCCGCUACUACGAGGCGGCGUGCGCGGCGGGCAGGAUCACCCUGAACGGGGAGCGCACCUCGCUCGCCGUGGUGCUGCGCGACAACGACCUCGUCCGGCACACCGUGCACAGGCACGAGCCACCCGUGGCCGCGGGCUCCGUCACGCUACUCGCCCAGACGGACGAGCUGGUCGUGGUAGACAAGCCCUCGUCCAUGCCGGUGCAUCCGUGCGGACGCUACCGCCACAACACGGUCAUCUUCGUGCUGGGCAAGGAGCAUGGCCUGGCGCCGCUGCACACCGUGCACCGGCUCGACCGCCUCACCUCCGGCGUGCUGCUGUUUGCGCACACGCUCGAGGCCGUGCAGCGACUCGACCGGCAGAUCCGCGAGCGAGAGGUGCAGAAGGAAUACCUGUGCCGCGUGGAGGGCUGCUUCCCGGGUGGCAAAGGGGAGGAGGCGGAGGAAGUGGUGUGCGCCGAGCCGGUGCUCGUGGUGUCGUACAGCGUGGGCGUGUGCCGCGUGGACCCGCGCGGCAAGCCCUGCCGGACCACCUUCACGCGUCUCAGUUACAACGGCCGCUCCAGCGUGCUGCUGUGCCGGCCCGAGACCGGGCGCAUGCACCAGAUCCGCGUGCACCUGCAGUUCCUGGGCCACCCCAUCCUCAACGAUCCCGUGUACAACGCGGCCGCGUGGGGGCCGGCGCGUGCCCGCGGCGGCACCAUCGGCAAGAGCGACGAGCAGCUGCUGCAGGACCUCCUCGCCGACCGCCGCCGGCUUGGCGAGGAGGUGACGGAAUACGGUGACGGUGGUUGCGGCGGCAUCGGCAAUGGGGAGGGGAGUAUCGUCGGCGGGGGCAUCACGUGCAGCGGAAAUGACGAUACUGCAGAGAAGAGCAGUGGCGGUGGUGGUGAUGGUGGCGGCACAAACGAGCCGGUUAUGAGGUCGUCGGAAGCCGAGGACCCAUGGGCUGGCGGGCAGGACCCUCUCUGCAGCGAGUGUCGCCAGACUCGGCCGGACCCCAGGCCCGAUCAGCUGAUCAUGUUCCUGCACGCGCUGCGCUACCGCGGCCCCGGCUGGGAGUACACGGCGCCGGCGCCAGAGUGGGCGAGCGCCGACUGGCAGGAGCCCCCUCGCCCAGACACGGAGAAGAGCGAUGGGACACCUGGGCAGAAUGAGACACUGGCCAGCACCACCACCACCACCACACCUGGGCACAACUAGACGCUCGCCAUCACCACCCCUGGGCAGACUGACGCUCUGGGCUUCACGUGACUGCAGCACACGGUGGUGGUGGCUGCUACAACGCUCAGCAAAGCUUCUUGAAGCGACCUCGGUUAUUUUGGUAAAGUCACGUAACUUUACCGAAAUAACCAAGAAGAUGAAUCCCUGCAGUCACGAAAGCUUUAAAUCGAAAAUUCUUGAAUCGCGUUGUGGCAAGCGAUCAAAUCGCUCCGUUGUCCUGGUAAAUAGUACACGAUGUGUUGUAUCAUAGGCCCCGGCAACUUUGAGUUUAAAUCGUGGGCAUGGUGGAUAAACCAGUCCUGGAUCAUCCACCACCUUUACCUAAGCCACACCGGUUAUGUUUCGUCACACAUCCUCUUGUGACACGGCAUGGGGAGGUCUUCAUCCAGCAGUGGCUUGACAAAGGUGCUUGUGAAUUAUAUUGUUUGUUGACUUAAUUUCCUCAUUCAUGUGGGUUUCGGUGUGAGGUCCCGAAGUAUUUUUAUUGUCGCUCUGCAACACUUAAAUUAUGAUUUAUUUAGGAAGGCCUCGACAAGUCUCAAGAUUCCCUUUUCCCCGAAGGGUUCUGCCCUUUCGGGAAAUUUGGCCGAUUCCUUUUAAAAUAACCAAAUCAUCUGGUGAUGCUGCUGCUUCUGUGUUGGCAAUGGUGCAUAAGCACAUUUAACCACAAAAAAACUCAACACUUUCCAUAGCAAUGUAAUAAAACAUUGGUUUUUAUUUUAAGGCAGCGUUAUCUCCAAAUAUAUUGAACCUUUUUAGGCACUCGGUGUAUUUAAAUAAUCGACGCUUCAUGUGAGCAGAACAGCCAGAGUACGUGGAGAUAACCCACCAUGCACACGAGGGAAAUCGAUCUGCACAGAUGGGUUUGUGAACCCGCUUGCCGUUUUGUGGUCUUGUUGUCAUCACGCGUACACGCGCGAGUCAUUUACGUUUGAUCCGAACACCCUUGUCUCCAAAGUGCUAGAUAAUGGGCAUUCGCGAUCGCCGAGGGGAGUUUGAACUAUUUUGAAAAAAAAAAACUGUUAAACAAAAAAUAAACCAGACUCGAAAUAUAUAAAUGGACUGUGUUUUUCGACGAUUAAAACAACUCAACAAAUUCUUACUUUGCUCAGAUUAUCCCCACACACACCUCGUCUGAUGGUUAAAAAACCGAGAUUUAUAAACAAUCCACAUUCACGAGGUGAGUUAGGAGGGAAGAGCGCCGAGUCAGCUUUGUGCAGCAUCACUGUGAAGCACUGAGGCAGGGGCGCUUGCAAAUGAGACUCCUAUUCUGUCGAUGUCCGCCAGCCACGAGAGGGCUUCAGCAGAGAGUUCGUGUCAUUUUGCUGUUCCUCCGUCGAAGGUGGUGCCGCAGGCUCCAGUGGUUUUACUCUUCGGUUCAUAGUUUGGGUUGCAUGGGCACGAUCGCAUUACUGUUGAUUGUGUGUUGCUGCUGCUGCUGCUUUUAUUGUAACAAAACACGAGCCCACGAUACAGCACGCUGCGCCGGGUCGCAUAACCGGGUUUCACAUUUAUCUGGGGAGGUAAAAGGUGGGGGAGAGGGGCCUGCUGCCCCCACCAAGUGAUGAUGUUGCUUGUCAUUUGGUUCUUUCGGUUAAGUCACGUCUAAAGAUAAAAUAAUAAAUUAAAUUAAAUAAUAGCAUACGACGUUUCGAUUGCAACACAAGCAAUCAUCAUCAGGUAUAAUGAAAUAGCGACAUAAAAUCUAACCAGAAAACUAUAGACAGACAUAUUAGCAGACAGAUAUCACCAAGAUACAUAGAGGGAGCAACACAGGUAACAGA